UCUGUACUGGAGCUGAUUGCUGGGAGCUACGAGCAAACCACCUUUGGUUACCGAGUGAAAACCGACGAGAAAGAGUGGACAGCCAUGGCAAACUUCACACAUCACGCCCACACGGCAUCCAUAUCAGCUGUGGCAGCCAGUGAGAGGUUUGUUGUCACAGGAAGCAAAGAUGAGACAAUACAGCUGUACGACAUGAAGAAGAGAGUUGAACAUGGUGCUUUGCUGCAUCAUGAUGGCACCAUCACCUGCCUGGAGUUUUAUGGGACGUCUCAUUUACUGAGCGGAGGAGAGGAUGGAAUCAUAUGCGUGUGGAGCACAAAAAAGUGGGAGUGUCUGAAAUCCAUCAAAGCUCACAAAGGCCAUGUCACAUCGCUGUCUGUCCAUCCAUCUGGGAAACUUGCACUUACAGUCGGGACAGAUAAGACUCUCAGAACGUGGAACCUAACUAACGGAAGAUCAGCCUUCAUCAAAAACAUAAAACAGAAUGCGCACAUUGUCAGAUGGUCUCCAGAUGGGGAUAAAUAUGUGGUUGUGGUGGAUGACAAAGUGAACAUCUACAACCUGGAAACAGCCUCUGUGACAGGAACAAUGAAAAACCCCAAGAGGAUCUCAUCUGUUAAGUUCUUAAAUAACUCCAUUCUGGCUGUCGCAGGAGAUGAUGAACAUGUGAGGUUAUGUGACCUUGGAAAAGAGAAAUGGGUCUGUGAGUUUAAGGCUCAUGAAACCAGGGUGAAAGCGGUUGACAGUUUUUUUAUGGAGAAUUACUGUGUGAUGGUGACAGCUUCAAACGACGGACUCAUGAAAAUGUGGAAACUCCAUCUGAAAGAGGACUUGGAGUCGCCCACUCUCCUUGGAGAAGUGAACACAACAGCCAGACUGACGUGCCUCGCUGUGUGGAAACCCUCAUCAGUGCAGCAGCCUGCUAAGAAGCCAGCAGCUCAUGCAACAACAUCUGGAGAACUCGCUCAGGAGCUUUCAAAGACAAAGAGAGUCCGAAUUGCAACAGAAGAAGUCGUUCUAGAAGACGAGAGCAAACCCAAAAAGAAGAAAAAGGAUGGUGGAAAAUAAAAUGGAAAAUAAUAAGUUUUAUCAUA